AUGUCACUUGCUGGUUUACGUAAGCAGUUGAACAAAGCCAAUCAGUAUGUCAGUGAACGCGUUGGUGCUGCCGAAGCUACAAAGCUCGACGACACGUAUCACGAAAUGGAGAGAAAAGUGGAUGCGACGUCUGAACUCAUUGAAGAUGUUAUCGCCAAAACGAGGGAAUAUCUUCAGCCUAACCCAGCUGUCAGAGCGAAAAUGGCCACUGUGAGUACGAUUUCAAAGCUGCGCGGUACCGCGAAAAGCACACCUUAUCCGCAGCAGGAAGGGAUUUUGGCAGAUGCGAUGCUGAAGUACGGCCGACUGCUGGGGGAAAACUCUUAUUUUGGUAAAUCCCUCAUGGAUGCAAGCGAGACGUUUAAGUCGCUGGCAGAUAUAAAGUAUGCCCUGGAAGACAACGUUAAGCAGAACUUUAUUGAUCCUCUACUUCACCUUCAGGCAAACGAUUUGAAAGAAGUCAUGGUAGGAACGGAUUUUGAUGUACAACAUGUCCGCUUAACUACUCCACAUUAA